AUGCCCAGUAUUUAGUGGCAGAAAGGAGAAGGUUGUCCUGCCUAUCCAUUACUAUAAACGGAAAGGGGAUUCUGCACUGCCAUUUGGCAGAACUAGAAGUACAAAAAAAGAGAGGGGAGAUAGGCGGACAGACGCUGCCCGGGUGGAUCCGCUGCUGUUUGGGGAGGCAGAGCCCGCGCCGGGAGCAGCAAGUGCUGAAGCUUUCCCCGGUUUCUGCAAGCGACCCCCGCUUUUUCCAGCAGAGACCAUCUCACUGCUUGGAGGGCAGCUUUGCUCCUUCACUGCGAUUCAGUGCCCUUCAAACAGGGUUUCCUCCCGUUCAAGCAAAGCUUGGCGACCAGGGAAAAAAAAUUACAUCACUUCAAACUAUUCCUGCUGUCGGAGGAUUUCCCUGCUCAUUCUCUCGCUCUCCGGCAGGCCGCCGUGAACGGAGGGCUCCCGAGGGCAACUCGAAGGCUUCCCUACAGGAGGAGCCAGUUUCUAUAGGAAACAAGUAACAACAGACGGGAGGCCUCUCGUGUCGCCCGGGAGAGGGCUCGGUCCUAAUCGCGGAGGGGAAUGGUUUUAUAUCUUUUUUAUGUUGCCAUUAGCAGUCCGUGGAGUGGAGGGCGGUACCCGCAGAAACGGGUCCGGAAUUCUUUCUUCGCCGUAUCUCUUAGGGACAAAAACCAGCUUCUUAGAGGUUUUGCUGGGUUCAGGAGGUCGGCGAACGGCAGCAUGACGGAGCUGCACGAAGCGGCAGCUUUGGGCAAAUACGAUUUAGCGGAAGAGAUCCUCUCGACUGGGCUCGCGGACCCGAAUUGCCAAGACGCGGACUGGAGCGACAGAACGCCUCUCCACUGGGCGGCAGCAAACGGCCACUCAAAGAUGGUAAAGCUGCUUGUGGCACAUGGUGCUCGCCUGGUUUUGCGAACGGAGGCAGGUUGGACUCCAGUUCAUUUUGCUGCAGAAUCAGGGCGACUGAGCGUGUUGAGGACACUGCACUCCUUGCACGCACCGAUGGAUGCCCCAGAUCUCUAUGGAGAUGUUCCAAGAAGAAUUGCAGAAAUCUAUGGGCACAAAGCCUGCGUCAAAUUCUUAGAAAUAGCUGAAAUAGAACACAGGGCAUAUUGCCAGAUGGCAAAAUCAAAGGGAAUCCAACUGGAUGAGAAGGAUGAAGCUUGGGAGCGUAAGAAGGAAGAACUUUUGAAAAGUAAACCCUUCUCUCCAAAGAAACAUAUGAAACACAAGAUGCAGGGAAAAGACGGUGAACAACUUCCUUCAAGAAAAUAAUGAGAAGAAUGGUAUAUUUCAGAUAAGAGGGUCUCAGCUACCUUAACUUUGUAGUCAUUGAAACUCAUCUAUUUCAUUUACUAUUUUUCUUAUUUUGAACGAGUUCAUCAUCAUCUCAGUUUAAGAAAUUUUUAAAAGCAUGCAUGAAAAAUUCUAUUUUUAUAUGAAUUUUUGCCUGAUUAAUUAAUUUUGCAUAUACCUUUGUAUAAUAUAUUCAUAUUUUAAGCUUUCCUCUAAUUUAAUAAUGUUUUGUACUUUAUGAUUACAUUAUGUAUAUAUUUGCUGUAAUAUUCUCUUAAUAUUUUUAUUAACAUUAUGGGGAAUAUUAAUAUUUAUUAUUUUUAUUUUAUUAGCGUUUCUGGCCAUAUUUUAAUUUGAAGGCGCUGCCAAAGUGUGAAACCAGGUUGCACAUAGCCAAAGUGGGAAACUGCAGAUGAAAAUCUGUCUCUUAUUUUUUAAUGUGUAUAAAGAAAUCUUAAAGUUAAUGUACAUUCCCAUUUAACAAAUAGUCUGAAGAUAAACAUGAGAAAGAUGCGGAUAGUUUGGAAUAUUGUGCUUUAACAGGAUAGGGUUAGGGUUUAAAAAUUUUUAAAUUAGGGACAUUACCUUAAGAUUAUUUUGAUAACAUAUUUUGUAUAUAGAAUACCUUACCAUGAAGAGAGCAAGGGCUGGGUUCCUGCAUGUUGGAAGGUAACACUUCAGAAGGACGAUAGGAUCUGCUCUAACAUCAUGUUGCUUUCAUACUCGCGGCCUGAUAAACAAGGUGCUUGGAUAAGAAAUAAGGGUCUAUGAUAACAAGGUAAAUUUGAAUUAUAUUCCAAACAUUUGAAAUCUACUGAAGUAUGAAGAACUUAGGUUUAACUGGACAGCAGUUAAGACGAUGACUCUACAUCCAUGGAAAAAGUUAGCAUGAAGGACAUGUUUAAAUCUUCUACAGAUCUAUCAAGUUUCUACAUCCACUGUGGGAAAAUGUCAUCAGUAUAAUGCAUGUGGUCAAAAUCAAUUUUGUUUUUUAAGAUUUAUAUAUUUACUUCUUCUAAUGUUAUUUCUUCUAAUAUAUGUUACCUUUAUUUUUCCUUUCUUCUUCUUUCCCUCUAUGCAUUAAUUGUUCUAAGGUUCAUCUAGUAUUUGUUUUGGUAUUAUCAUUUAUUACUGCUGAUCUCAUCCUGGUCACCCUUGAGAUUGCUUUAUGCUUCAUUAAUUAACAUUUCUGAACAGUCUUUUGAUAGGUGUCAAAGCUGGGAAUGCUUUAAAGUGAGUAACCAUGCAGGAAACAAUUAUUCUAAAUCAGUGGUUCUCAACCUGUGAGUCGGGACCCCAUUUGGGGUCGAACGACCAUUUCACGGGGGUCGCCAAACAAGGCUGUCCGCCAUUUUUUUCCCCUUUUCUUUGGCCACGCCCCUGGCACCCGGUGAUGUAUAAGUGGUUGGGGGUCACCACAACAUGGGGAACUGUAUUAUGGGGUCACGGCAUUAGAAAGGUUGAGAACCACUGUUCUAAAUGCUAUCAGGUAACUUGGGCAACUAAACCCAAGUUACCUGAUAGCAUUUAGAAAUUAUCUUUACUAUUUCAUGCUUUGACAUAUUUGGAGAGAAUGGUUAACUGAUUGGAAUGAAAGGAGAAUGUAUCUGCUAAACAUUAUGUAAGGAAAAUAAUAAAAAACAGGAAAAACAUAAAGCUUUGUUCUAUUAAUAACAUUAAAAGUACCAAUCACAAUAGCAAUCUUUUCAAUUGCGAUUGGAUCUGUUUCUAUUUUCAAACAUAAAUUAUUUGACACCUUGUUUUUAUUGCUAGAUUGAUGAUAAAAAUAACUGUCCAAUUAUUUAGUAUGUUUAUUUUAUUUUUUUGUAUAUGUUUUGCUAACUAACUUUUUAUCCUUUUAAUAAAACAUCAUAAUGAACAUUCUUUUUAAGUUCAACACUUUUAGAAAAACAGGUACACAAGCCAUGCAGAUUUUCCCAAAGAGGAAAAAAUAACAUCUGGCCUUAAACUAAAAAAAUCUGUAACUACAUUCCUAUAAAUGCAAUUCUCAAAUAGAUAUAAAAAUCAAAACUGGACUCCUUUUAUGCACUAUUUUUCUUUAUUGCCUUUUAAGGUUCACCUCUAUAUAACAUACUAUGUGAAGGACAGAAUUAAUCACUUCUUCACCAGCAUAGUACUAUUUUAAUUCCAGAUGUUCCCAGAUCAAAUUAUUAGCUUGUACUGAAAAAGACCUAUAUAUAAAGGUGGUUCAAGGCUGUUUUGCAGUUCUCUUCAGAAAUAUGUUUGAUGGCUUCCGGUUCCAGUUUUCGACACUGGCGGCCAUGCGGAGAGAUUCUUCUCCCCGCCGUCUGGUUUUUCUCCUUCGGAAGACCCUGGAAAGGGUUAAAAGUUGCUCUGGAGGGGCAACCACCAUUGGGGGGGACUCUUGCUGGAUCGUGGGGGGGAAGCAGUCUCUCUGUUGAUCUGCAGUAACUCCCCAGGACCGAAGAGGAAAAGAGCGGCCAUUAACAUGGCCCCUCACUUAGUCGAACCAGCUGAAAGCCCAAAGCACCAACUAAGCAUGAAGAAGCAACUGGAGGAGUUGGGUGAGACCCUAUUUUUCCUUUUUCGCCUCCCAACUACCUUCCUGUAAAAAUUUUUGAAAUACCCCUUUCCCCCAGCUGAAUUUUGCAGCUCUUGCUCACUUCGGGAAUAUAAAGCCAAGAAACACACGUUAAAAAAAAAGGAACAACAAGAUUAAAUGACUACUUACCUGGACUUGUAAUAUCUGGAUACCUGGGCUCCCUAAAAGCUCUGUAUCUUAACAAAAACUUACUGUUUUACUUUUUUAUUAACCUGGGGGAAAAAAUGGAAUGUUCUUUGUUUCCUCUCUUGAACCAGAAAAAAGCCCUAUUUUGUAUGUUCACAUCUAGUGGUGAACAUUUGCUACAACAAGUGGAAUAAUUUUUUUCCGUCUGGGAGAUCUCUGAGACCAAAUUUGUCUUUGACAGCAACCAAAAGAUAAGAACUUGAAAGAGCUGGGUGGUGAAAAUAGUUCUUUAUAGUGGAGGUGGACAAUUAUUGACUCUUAUUAAAAUAGCCUCCACUAAAAGACUGUUAACAUUACAGAAAUGGAGGAAUACCACCCACAGCUUAAUAUCAAACUUAUGCUUGAAAAAAUUCUAGAGGCUACUGAACUAAUGAAGUCUACAAUGAAAGACUUAUAUGCCACUUUAAAGCCACAAAAGGCAGCUUUAACCCCAUUAGAGGAACCCACACUUCAAAAAGCAAUAGAAGAAGGAACUAAUAACAAAGUGGAAGAAUGUCAGGAACAAUCUACUCAGACCUUUAAUACUCAAAGCUUGACCUUACUUAAAGACUUGACAACUACAACAGCAACAGAAACUGAUCAAAGUAAUACUAAGAUGGAACUUUCAGAGGAUUUACGACAAUACACUGAGAUUUCAGAUAAUCUAGAUGAUCCAAAAACAACUACAACGUCGAACAUGACUAUUCAUCUACUUCAGUUGAAACUAGAAGAAGACCAAUCUGAACGCAUGAUAAACACAUUAACUCAGAUAUGGAGAUUUAAACCAUUGGGUUAACAAUUUAACGACUGAAGGGACUGGCUUCCUUGAUAGGCUGAUGAUUGGAUGGUCUCACCUGUUUCAAAUGAUAUAUCCAGGAAGGAAGGGAGAGCCAUUUGAGGCCCAAAAAGCUUUUUUAUGAAAGCCAGCUUGGCAUAAAAGGAAGGCCAGAGUUAGAUUUUAAAAAAAAUGAUUUUCUUUGUUUGAUAUCUAAUGGAAGAGCUUUAAACUUUAUCUAAUGAGCUAAGGAGACUUUAAAAGAUAUUAUUGGAUUUAUAGUUAGAUUUAUACCUACAGUAUAAGGGAAAUAAAUUAGUUAUUUAAAUAAUUGUUUUGAAUUAUAAAUAGAAGAUGGAUUCAGAGAAUAAAGGUUAUUUUAUGAGUAAGCGAUGAUAUUAAAAUGAGAAUUAGAAUAUGAUGGUGAAAUAAAUUAAGAAAUUGGAAUAAACAAUAAGUGUAUCUUAGAGAUGAUACUAUUUUGUAUGAAUUAAGGGAACCGUGGGCUAUCCGAAAUCUUUGAUGAUGUAAACUGAUAUAUGUAUGGAUAAGAGUGUUAUUGGAUUAUGUGUAUAAUCCAAUCAACCACCAUGUUGCUUCCUUAAAUACCUGAAGGUUUGUAAAAAUGGAAAAUUAAUAAAACUUAUUAUAUAAAAAAAGAAAAAAAAGAAAUAUGUUUGACAAAAGGAGCAUCAACACAACAAAAUUAAUGGCUUCUGUGAUCAUGAGAGAUGGUUAUGUCUCCACAGAGAAAAAAAAUGAAAAAAAAAGUUUGAUGGAUGCUUUAAUCAUAAAGUUUCUCAUUGACUGCUGCAGAAUAGAUAGAAAUUGAACAAGUUUAUACAUCAGCAGGGCUUUUCUGACACAUCAAGGCCCAGUGGCUUGUGUAGACAUUUCCAUGCACAUAAAAAAAGGAAGGGGAAUUGGUGUAUCAAGGACAGAAACUAGGAGCAGGCAGAAUAUGUAACUGAAGAUUCUGGUCUUGAGUGCUGUCAGUUAUUCUUGGUGCAGUAGAGUAUUCAUGGGAAGGCAGAGAAGUUCUAAGGUACACAUUAGAGGCUGGAUUGACAGCUUUCUAUGCUUGACAUAAAUGCAUGAAAGGUGUGGCUGGAGGGGGAGGGCACCAGUUUAUAUGAGAAAUGACUUAUCAAAAAUCAGCCUGUCCUGCUUGAAUGUCCGGAUGGGUCUGUUGGGUAUUCCCACACCUCACUGGGCAUAAGACCAGGUAACAGCCUAGCCUGGUGCUUUAACCACUAGACCAAUGACAAUCUCACUAGCUAAGAAAUCCAAGCAUCUUAUGGUUAACCAUAAAGGACUGCUUGUUGUUGGAACUUUGCCCCUUUGCCUGCCUUUUUUUUGGGGGGGGGAGUAUUAUGUAUGACAGUAACAGGUUUCACACAGCCUUGCUUUUUUCACUACAGAAAU